GAAACUUUAAUGUUGCCCAAGAAGAAAUGCAUGAUUCCGAUACUGUUUUAGGUAAGGACCCUAAUUUGGGAAAGCUUCAAGGCAGCUCUGGAUGAAAAUGACAUUCUGAUUUCACCGGCAGCUCCAUCUGCUGCUUAUAAGAUUGGUAUGAUGCUUACAUCCUCUGUUAUCUUUUUCUUUUUCCUUUUGUCUUUAUCUUUCUUGUGACUUUCGUGGUAAGGGUGAUUGAAAGAAUUCUGGGAUGUGGUAUAAAUAGCUUUGUUUGAUAAGAAUUUUCUUAUUUGUAAGCCAAGGGGCUAAAAACCAUAAGCAAGAAGGUUUUGUGAUCAGGUGAUUGACAUUUACCCUAAAACUCUAGUUUUCAUCGAAACUAGUCCUCUGAAGUCUUCUCUGCGGAGCUACCAAUCUGUACUCCAUGGUGGGUUUGGGGGAGAAAGAGUGGGUAGGGUUUUCCAUUAAUUGUCAUCUUUUACUUUAAUCAAUCAAAUAGCAUACAGAUUGGGUUAUUUUUUGGUAGAUGACAUUAAACAAUUUAUUCUGAUGGUCACAGGUGAAAAGACAAAUGAUCCACUGGCAAUGUAUGCUGGAGACAUUAUGACUGUCAAUGUUAAUUUGGCAGGGCUACCUGCUUUAGUUUUGCCAUGUGGAUUUGUUGAAGGGGGCACUGAUGGGCUUCCUGUCGGUCUUCAAAUGAUUGGUGCUGCAUUUGAUGAGGAAAAAUUGCUCAAAGUAGGUCAUGUCUUUGAGCAGACUCUUCAAGGUUGCAAAUUCGUUCCUCCAUUAAUUGCAGACAAGAUUGCAGACAGUUACUGAUGAUAGUUGCGAAGAAUGCCGAAGCCUAUUACCGUUGUUGCCCAUGAACCUUCCUAUUGGGAGAUUGACAGAGGUUGAUCCACUCAUACUGUGGCUUAACCUAGCCCUUAGGACUUCCCACAACGUUGUUCCCGUGUCUUUGGGCAUGUACAAACCACAUUCUUCUUUUUUUUUUUUUGAACAGGUUUUUACAAGGGGCUGAGUCGAACCCAGCCCAGAGGAGGGGGGAAGUGCACCGUGAGUGGCUGUUGCCACUUGAGCCAAAGGGUUCGGUGCAAACCACAUUCUUCUUGUUGAUGUGAAUGAUACAAUUUUGAAUGAAAUAGUCUGUCUCCCCUAAAGUGCUGUGGGCUUGUAUCACGCUAGAAUUCUGUUAUUUCAGUUCCUGAAUGGCCCGAGAAAACAGUCCUGUAUUAAGAUCUGUUUGCAUAUGCUGAUAUGCUGAUAUACUGAUAACGCAGGCCUGUGGUCCGGUGUAAAAAUUUUUCGUUAGUUUAUUACUUGUUCAUAAAAUUCAAUUUUUAUC